CCUUCGUUCUCCCCCCCCCCUCUCUCUCACUCUCACACGCACAAAUAAAACGUCCCUAGAAACACCCUCUGACAUUACCUACAAAAAAACCUCAGUGUCUUUCGAUUUUGAACCCACAGAAACACCCCAGAACGUCCCCGCGGCAUAACAAAUAUUAAGACAACUUGUAAACCAACUUGUUUUUCUCUCCCUACAAGCACUUGCACUUCUCUGUUCAAAACCGGGUUUUAGUUCAACACGUUCACAACCCAAAACCCUCUCUCUGUCUCAAAAAAGAAAACCCUUUGUAAAAGAAAGGAAGUACAUAAGACUCAAGAUUUCUUUUUUCUUUUUCCUUUUAAUAUUCUCUUUGUAGUGAAAUACUGGGGUUUGCUUAUAGACUUUGUUAGCUUUAAAAAAACUCUUUCUUUCUCUUGUUUUAGUCGUUGGGUUUUUGAUAAAGCCAAAAAAGGUAGAAGCUUUGCAUUGAGAAUAGUUGGCAAUGGUGCAGUACUUUAGGUAUCAUCAGUUAAAGAAGGGUGAGCAUCAUCAUGCUGGGGAGGAUGAGAUGCUAUCUUUGAUGAGUGCAACAAGCUCUGGUUAUUUCAGGAGAUCAAGGCCUAAGCUUUUUUCUCUUCUCAUCCUUUCUCUUCUCUCUUGCUGUCUUAUUUUAGGUGCUCACUUGUUUUGCUCUCCCUCUGCCUUUUCUCUCUUGUAUUCUUUUGGUGUAGACAGUGAUGGGGUUGCUGCUAAUGUAAAUGCAAAAGCUUCUCUGUGUUCUUCGAUUUCUAAUGGAACCAUAUGCUGUGACCGGAGCAGUAUUCGUUCGGAUGUCUGUGUUAUAAAAGGGGAUGUAAGGACAAACUCUGCCUCUUCUUCAAUCUUCCUCUACACCUCAAAAAGUACCGAUGCUGUGAUAAAAAAUGUUUCGAGUUCAGUUGAUAAAGAUGAGGAACUCCAACACGAAAAGGUCAAACCAUACACCAGAAAAUGGGAAACGAGUGUGAUGGACACAAUUGAUGAAUUAGAUCUUAUUGUGAAGACAGAAAAUUUUAGGAAUAACCAUCAUUGUGAUGUCAAGCAUGAUGUACCGGCAGUGUUCUUUUCGACUGGAGGCUACACUGGUAAUGUUUAUCAUGAAUUCAAUGAUGGGCUUUUGCCUUUGUACAUUACAUCACAGCAUUUCAAUAAGAAGGUUGUGUUUGUAAUUCUUGAGUAUCAUGAUUGGUGGAUAAUGAAGUAUGGAGAUAUUCUUUCACAUCUUUCGGAUUAUCCUGCAAUUGAUUUUAGCGGAGACAAGAGAACUCAUUGCUUUCCUGAAGCCAUUGUCGGUCUUAGAAUCCACGACGAGCUCACAGUGGAUCCUUCGCUGAUGCAAGGGAAUAAAAGCGUUGUUGAUUUUCGCAAUGUUCUAGACCGAGCAUACUUGCCUCGAGUUCAAAGUUUGCUUAAAGAAGAAGAACGGCUAGCUCAAGAAAAGCUAAAACAGAAAGUGCAUUCCUCAUCAUCGGAGAUCAGAAAGGAAGUGCUAGAUGCAACCUUGAAGAGACCUAAGCUGGUCAUAUUAUCUAGAAAUGGCUCUAGAGCUAUAACGAAUGAGGAUUUAUUGGUGAAGAUGGCUGAAGAAAUUGGAUUCCUAGUUGAAGUAGUGAGGCCUGAACGAACAACAGAACUAGCCAGGAUUUAUGGGGCACUUAAUUCAAGUGAAGUUAUGAUAGGUGUCCAUGGCGCUGCCAUGACUCAUUUUCUGUUUAUGAGGCCUGGCUCUGUUUUUAUCCAAGUCAUCCCUCUGGGAACAGAAUGGGCAGCCGACGCUUAUUACGGGGAACCUGCAAGGAAGCUUGGUUUAAAGUAUGUUGGCUACCAAAUUCUUCCGAGAGAGAGUUCGUUGUAUGACAAAUAUGAUAGGAACGAUCCUGUUCUUCGAGAUCCCGAAAGUGUGUCCGAAAAGGGAUGGCAAUACACAAAGUCGAUCUAUCUUGACAACCAAAAUGUGAGGCUAAACCUUGGAAGAUUUCAAAAGAGGUUACUUCGUGCUUACAGUUACACUAUCGCAAAAAGGAACCGCAGAUCUCAUCUCUAAUCACAGUGAUAUUCAGUACUUGUAUGAAGUUGGAUAAAUGGUUUUUUCUUUUUCUUUACGUACAUCAUUGAUUGAUUCAUCUCUGUACAUUAGCAGGCACAAAAGGGCAACUAGGCGUAUAUGUUUGUAUAAACUACAGAGUCUUUUAAUAUGUCCUCGCUACACAAGGCACCGAAUAAUAAUAAGCUUCUUAUGUGUAAAUUACGCAAUGUUACAAGUAUUUUAGCUGGGCUGAUAAUGAUAUUUUUCAUUUCGUUCA